GCUUUUUCAGAAUUUCAAUUCAUUGAAACCCAUGUCCAACGGUCGCUCUUACUUUAUUGACUUAAUUUAUACUUUUGUAAAUAAUGAAAUCCAUUUUCUUGGCUCAUUUUAAGCCUUUUGCCAUGGGUUUCUCAGACUUUUGCUUGUGUGUAAGUUCUUGUUUCCGGUCAUGCUGGUGUACUUGAUGCAGCUGUCUGAAGCCCUCAGUCUUGUUUAUUUUAUUAUUCUUUUUCAUAAAAACUGUCACAUUAGAAACCUUUGGUUUUUCAACCUAGUGUUUUUUAGCUUACGGCUUAACUAGGAUGAACAAUUUUCUUUGGUUUAAGUCUGUGCUGGGAUUGUGUUUUUAAUAUAAGAUUUUUUUUCAGGUUAUAUUAAACUAGAGCUCGUAAUGUUUCGAAUGUAGAUUUAUACUAUAAAAUGAAAAGCCAAGUGUAUGUUGGCUUUUUUUUUUCUUCUUUUUUUUAAAUUCACUUUUGAUACUGUGAAAAUCUUUCGUUCAGAAAGAUUAAAACAAUACAGUUUUUGGCAAAAAUUAAAGUGUGGUCGUUAUUUGUAAAUUUGUCUGGUUUGAAAUCUACUUCAAGACUGAUUUAAAUAUGCGUAUAAGUCAAGUUUGACCCUUCUGCGGCACCGUUCGACGUCAGCGUUUGUGGUGGCUGAACGUUCGCAUUAACCAAGUCCUCGAAAUUGAUUCCAUAUUAUUUUAUAUUUAGUCGUCUUUUUAUCUUAAUAUAAUUUAUUGGAAAUUUGAGUAAAAAUGGAAACCGAAAAUCGUCCAAAAAAGCGAUCCCAUGGAGAGGAGGAAAAUUCCGGUUCAGAAGGAUCAGAGGAUGAUGAUUAUGUUCCGUACGUUCCGGUCAAAAUCAGAAAACAACAAAUGCUGCAAAAGAUGCUGCGGCUGCGAGGAAAAGCAGUGGACGAGGAGCAGAAGGACAGUGGGGAGGAGCAGAGGGAUGAGGAUGAGGGUCUCGGUCCGCGCUCCAACGUCAGUCUGCUGGACCAGCAUCAGCACCUAAAAGAAAAAGCUGAAGCUCGUAAGGAGUCGGCCAAAGAGAAGCAGCUAAAGGAGGAGGAGAAGAUUCUCGAAAGCGUCGCUGAGGGCCGAGCUUUGAUGUCUGUGAAGGAAAUGGCCAAAGGUAUCAUAUAUGAUGAUCCUAUUAAAACAAGCUGGAAGGCGCCGCGCUACAUCCUGAAUAUGCCUGAAACCAGGCAUGAACGCGUCAGGAAGAAAUUCCACAUCCUGGUUGAUGGAGAUGGCAUCCCGGCCCCAAUCAAAAGCUUCAGAGAGAUGAAGUUUCCACCAGCAAUUCUGAAAGGUUUAAAAAAGAAGGGAAUUGUGCAUCCAACACCCAUUCAAAUUCAAGGAAUCCCCACAGUUUUGUCAGGUCGAGACAUGAUUGGAAUUGCCUUCACUGGAUCUGGAAAGACUCUGGUGUUCACUCUGCCAAUCAUCAUGUUUGCUCUGGAGCAGGAGAAGAGGCUCCCUUUCUUCAAGAGAGAGGGACCGUAUGGACUCAUCAUCUGUCCUUCACGAGAGUUGGCGAGGCAGACCCACAGCAUCAUCGAGUAUUACUGCAAGCUGCUGGAGGAGGAAGGAGCCCCCCAGCUCCGCACUGCCCUGUGCAUCGGGGGAAUGUCUGUCAAGGAGCAGAUGGAGGUCGUUAAACAUGGCGUUCACAUGAUGGUUGCCACUCCUGGAAGACUGAUGGAUUUAUUGCAGAAGAAGAUGGUCAGUCUGGACAUUUGUCGAUACCUGGCUCUGGAUGAAGCUGACCGGAUGAUUGACAUGGGCUUUGAAGAAGACAUCAGGACCAUCUUCUCUUAUUUCAAGGGACAAAGGCAAACCCUUCUUUUCAGUGCAACUAUGCCCAAGAAGAUCCAGAACUUUGCUAAGAGUGCUUUGGUCAAACCGGUCACCAUUAAUGUGGGGAGAGCCGGAGCUGCCAGCCUGGACGUCAUUCAAGAAGUGGAAUAUGUCAAAGAAGAAGCUAAGAUGGUUUACCUUCUGGAGUGUCUGCAGAAAACUCCGCCUCCUGUUCUCAUCUUUGCUGAGAAGAAGGCGGACGUGGACGCCAUCCAUGAGUAUCUGCUGCUGAAAGGAGUGGAGGCAGUGGCCAUACAUGGAGGAAAAGACCAAGAAGAAAGAACUAAAGCCAUAGAAGCAUUUAAAGAAGGGAAGAAAGAUGUUUUAGUUGCUACAGAUGUCGCCUCCAAAGGUUUGGAUUUCCCUGCUAUUCAACAUGUUGUGAACUAUGACAUGCCGGAAGAGAUCGAAAACUACGUCCACAGGAUUGGAAGAACCGGGCGAUCGGGAAAGACCGGCAUCGCCACGACCUUCAUCAACAAAGCUUGUGACGAGUCGGUGCUGAUGGACCUGAAAGCUCUGCUAAUCGAAGCCAAGCAGAGGGUUCCUCCCGUCCUCCAAGUUCUCCAGACGGGAGACGAAACCAUGCUGGACAUUGGAGGGGAGAGAGGCUGCACGUUCUGCGGUGGCCUGGGCCAUCGUAUCACAGACUGUCCCAAGCUGGAGGCCAUGCAGACCAAGCAGGUCACCAACAUCGGGCGGAAAGACUACCUGGCUCAUAGCUCGAUGGACUUUUAAUGACGUUUUCUGCAUGUGUCUCAUCGGUGUCCAGCAGAUGUGAGAAACCUUUGUUAGGUCUGUGCUGGAGGUGUCAUGUCACUGAGAAGAAGGAAGUGUAUUUAAUUACCACCUGAUAUCAGAUUAGGUGUUUGUUUUUUAUUUUUUCCUCAAAAUUUAGUUUUAUUUUGUAAUUGCCUUUUUGUAAAAAAAAAAUAUUUUGAGCUUUGACGUUGUAAAUAAAACUGCUAUUCUUGGCGAGCUUCUGUGACGUCUGGAAAAAUAAAAAAGUGUGGCAUCACUCUG